GGCCGUCUGCGCAAAAUAUUCAAUAGAGCGUACAAAUAUUAAUGCACACUGCGUGGUAUCGUUUGAUAAGGCGCGUGUGGGAACUGUAAUAAUUCAGUCUGAGAAACAAUGACUCCCCGACUGGAUGUGAGAAACUCGAAAGGGCAAAUCUCGGAGGAUGACACUAUCGUGGACGCGGAGAAGUUCCAGUUCCCGAAGCAGCCGCCGGUUGAACUUGUCUUUUCAGACCUCACCUACCACGUGACAGAUGACAAGAAGAAUCGACGAACGAUUCUAAAGUCAGUAAGUGGCAUCAUCAAAGCUGGAGAACUGACCGCUAUCAUGGGGCCCUCAGGAGCUGGCAAGUCCACGCUUUUGAACAAUCUUUCAGGAUACAGAACUAAUGGGACGAAAGGACUGGUGACGGUAAACGGAGCGAAGCGGAAUUUAAGCAUGUUUCGCAAACAAUCUUGCUACAUUAUGCAAGACAACCAGUUGCACGACAAUUUAAGAGUGUCGGAGGCAAUGAGACUGGCGGCCAACCUCAAGCUUCCCAGGGACUGCGAAAAUAAGCAGCAGAUCAUUGAAAAUGUGUUGGAGAUAUUGGGAUUAGCAGAGCAUACAAACACGUUCACCAAAAAACUGUCUGGUGGACAGAAAAAGCGGCUGAGCAUAGCCUUGGAGCUGAUAAAUAAUCCUCCUGUCAUGUUUUUUGACGAGCCUACAAGUGGCUUGGACAGCUCGUCGUGCUACCAAUGCAUCAAGUUGUUGAAGGACCUGAGCAGAGGUGGCAGGACGAUUAUCUGCACGAUCCACCAGCCGAGCGCCCGCAUUUUCGAAAUGUUCGACCAACUAUACGCGAUGGCUCAGGGUCAGUGCGUGUACCAGGGCAGCACAGGGCAGCUCGUGUCCUGGCUGGCCACCAACGGAUUCUUCUGCCUCAGCAUCUACAAUCCAGCAAACUACAUUAUUGAACUCACGUCAGGAGAGCGCAAUCAGAACUUGGAAAAGCUGUCUCUCGCCGUGCAAAACGGAAAAAUAGACGUUAGAAAUGACGGAGCGGAAAACAUCGAUAACUCGUUGUACCCUGCCACAGUGAACCAGAACUUGAGUCCAUAUGGCGAGGAAGGGACGGCCCUUCUGCAGCCAAGUAAAGCACCGCUGCCGGAAAUGUGCAAAAAACCGUAUCCUACUUCGGAGUGGAUCCAGUUCUGGACCAUGUUUCAGCGCACCAUGAUUUUCACUAGAAGAGACAGGACUUUGAUGUACUUUCGUUUCGCGGCAUACUCAGUUGUCGCAUUGACCGUUUGUAUUUUGUACAACGAAUGCGGCCGAGAUGCAGCCAAAGUGUUCACCAAUGUCAGAUUCCUUUUCUUCAGUGCCAUAUUCGCCAUGUACACCACACUCACGGUCACAAUAUUGUCUUUCCCACUUGAAAUGCCCGUGCUGCGCAAAGAAACCUUCAACGGCUGGUAUCCCCUCCGGCCGUAUUAUUUGGCAAUGUCACUGACUGACGUGCCAUUUCAGAUCCUAUUUUGCCUGUUGUACACAAUGCCUGCGUACUAUUUCACCGGUCAGCCGCUGGAGUGGGACCGGUUCGGCAUGUUUUACCUAUCGGCCCUGCUGACCAGUUUCGUCUCGCAGAGUCUGGGCACCAUGGUCGGCUCGGCCAUGAAUAUACAGAACGGCGUGUACGUCGCCCAGGUGCUGGUGGUGCCGUUGGUGAUGUUUACAGGGGUGUUCCUCAAGUUCAGCGCAAUGCCGCCCGUGCUCAGGUGGAUCUCGGACGUGAACUUUGUUCGCUACGGCUUCGAGGGUAUGGUGCUGGCGGUCUACGACUUUGAUCGCGAGCGGCUGCCCUGCCUCAGCCAGCCACUGUGCCGGGACCGCAACCCAGAAGAAAUUUUAAAAGGGCUUGAGAUGGCCGACCGCAGCUUUUGGUUCGACAUGAGCAUUCUGGCUGCCCAGUUCCUACUCCUGCGCUUCGCCGCUUAUUUCCUGCUCCGCAGCCGCGUCUUCUUUAGGCGCUGAAUCACGAAUAAUAAAAAAUGCAACUGCCUGUGGUUUAUACAAA